AUGAAUGCACGAUUUAUCGGUUCUAAAGAACCCCUUCCACCUUGGCUAGAAGAUCUUUUCCAAACCAAAGAGCAAAUGGUGCAGAUCAGCAAAGAUGCAGAAAUAUGAACGCCAUGCUCCCAAAGGUGGUAUCAGCAGAAAGUCGUCGUCCUCCCCCUUGGGAACUCAACAAUCAUACGACUUUACUUACAACUUUUGGUCCGAAGAUAAUGGAAUUCCAGUAGCAUUUGAUCUUUUGAUCCUUGACUUUGAGAUCUUCCUUGUCAGCCUCACUGUUCAUCCCAUUCCCAAUCUUACUACUCAGCCUCUUCAUUUCAUCUGCAACUCUUGGGUUGACACAUUCAACAACACGCAUCUCACUCGUCUCUUCUUCGUCAACAAGUCAUACCUGCCUAGUCAAACACCAGGACUAUUGAGUGUUUUCCGAAAAAGAGAGCUGAAACUUUUAAGAGGAGAUAUAGAUGAAGUUCCAGUUGAUGAAGUUCGACAGGAAUGGGAUAGAAUCUAUGAUUAUGCUACCUACAAUGACUUGGGUGAUGUUGAUGCAAGUCCAGAUCUUGCUCGUCCAACUCUUGGAGGAUCCACUCAAUAUCCCUAUCCCCGCAGGCUAAGAACUGGAAGGGCCCCAUCAAAAAAUGAUCCCAGCACUGAGAGCAGACUCCCUCCAGAACAAGCCUUUUCGAUCUAUGUUCCCAGAGAUGAUCGAUUUGGAGACCAGAAGCUGUUUGAGUUUGUGCAAAAUUUUCCCAAAUCAUCCAUGAACCUUAUGAAACCAUAUGUAUCAGCGGAAUUGGAGAAAUCAGGAAAAGAAUUUGAAAGCUUCGAACAGGUACUUAAAGUACUGUACAAAGAUGGUUUUACAUUUAAUGUGCCCAUAGAGGUACUGAAAGCCAUUGCUGAGAGACUACCAAUACCAACGCCCCCAGAAAAAGGCGAUCUGCAGUUAUUGUUUCCAGUUCCUGGUGUCAUUCAAGAUAAUCUAGAUGGAUGGAUGACGGAUGAAGAAUUUGCACGAGAGAUGCUUGCCGGUGUGAAUCCCGUUUUAAUCUGCCUCCUUCAAGAGUUCCCCAUAAAAAGCACGCUAGAUAUUAAACUCUACGGUGAUCAUACAUCCAGCAUAACAAGAGAACACCUGGAGAAGAACAUGAAAGGGCUUACGGUUCAAGAGGCACUGAAUUCCAAGAGAUUAUUCAUAUUAAAUCACUACGACGCAUUCAUGCCAUACUUGAGGAAGAUCAAUGAAACUUCCAGAAAGGCUUACGCAAGUAGGACAAUCCUGUUCCUCCAAAAUGAUGGGACCUUGAAGCCACUUGUAAUUGAGCUUAGUUUACCUCACCCUGAUGGAGAUCACUUUGGUGCUAUCAGCAAAGUGUAUCUGCCUGAAACUGAAGGUGUUGGGGGUACCAUUUGGCAAUUGGCUAAAGCAUAUGUAGUUGUGAAUGACACAGGCUAUCAUCAACUAGUCAGUCACUGGCUGAAUACUCAUGCUGUGAUGGAGCCGUUUGUUAUUGCAACAUAUAGGCAACUCAGUCAACUGCACCCUAUGUUUAAACUUCUUCAUCCUCAUUAUCAUGACACCUUGUUUAUCAAUGCACUUGCUCGCCAAAACUUAAUCUCUGCAGAUGGAAUUAUAGAGAACUCAUUCUUGCCUGGAAUAUAUUCAAUGGAGAUGUCAUCUGUGGUUUACAAGAGUUGGAAUUUUCUUGACCAAGCCUUACCUGCUGAUCUCAUCAAGAGAGGAAUGGCGGUGGAGGAUCCAACUGCUCCGCAUGGGCUUCGCCUUCUGAUAGAGGACUACCCUUAUGCUGUAGAUGGGCUCCUGAUAUGGGAUGCUAUAAAGACUUGGGUUCAUGACUAUGUCUCUUAUUACUAUGAGUCAGAUGAGAUCAUUAAGCAGGAUCCUGAGCUACAAUCAUGGUGGAAAGAACUCGUAGAAGUAGGUCAUGGUGACCUUAAAGACAAGGACUGGUGGCCUGAGAUGCAGAUUCGUCAAGAGCUAAUCCACUGUUGCACUAUUAUCAUAUGGAUAGCUUCAGCUCUGCAUGCAGCUGUGAAUUUUGGACAGUACCCUUAUGGAGGUUAUAUCUUAAACCGUCCUACUCUCAGCAGAAGGUUGAUGCCUGAGAAGGGAACUCAAGAAUAUGCCGAGAUGGUGGAGAAUCCAGAGCUAGCUUUCUUAAAAACAAUCACGCCAAAGUUUGAGACUCUUCUUGAUCUGUCAAUUAUAGAGAUACUGUCAAGCCAUACCACCGAUGAGGUUUAUCUUGGAACCAAUAGUAUCCCUUACUGGACAUCUGAUGCUAAAGUGUUGGAGGCUUUUAAGAAAUUUGGAGACAGGCUGAAAGAAAUUGAGAAAGUAUUGAUAAGGAGGAAUGAAGAUGGGAUACUGGGAAAUAGAGUUGGGCCAGUGAUGAUGCCCUACACUCUGCUCUAUCCUAGCAGUGAACCUGGACUCACUGGAAGAGGAAUUCCAAACAGUAUCUCUAUAUGCGACGAUGUUGCAAAGAAAAGAGCAUACGUUGCAGAUCAGAAAUACAUGCAGAAGUAUGAAAGCCAUGCUCGGAAAGAUGGUAUCGGCAAAAUGUCGGCCUCCUUGGGUACCCAACAAUAUUCACACGACUUGACUUGCGACGAUUGGUCCGAGGAUAAAGGAAUUCCAGAAGCAUUUGAUUUUUUUCUUCUUGAUUAUGAGAUAUUCCUCGUGAGCCUCACUGUUCAUUUCAUCUGCAACACUUGGGUUUACCCAUACGUCCCCAUUAUACAACUCCCUCGUAUCUUCUUCAUCAACAAGCUUCCACCACAAAUCAUGAUGGAACUUAAAUACACCAUGGUCGUCGCCGGUCCUGGGGCUGAAUGCCUCGUCAUGAAUGCCAGAUUUAUCGAAGAAGACUCUUUUCCAAGCCAAAGAGCAAAUGUUGCAGAUGAGAAACAGAUGCAGAAAUAUGAACGCCAUGCUCCCAAAGGUGGUAUCAGCAGAAAGUCGUCGUCCUCCCCCUUGGGAACUCAAUCAUACGACUUUACUUACAAUUUUUGGUCCGAAGAUAAGGGAAUUCCAGUAGCAUUUGAUCUUUUGAUCCUUGAUUUUGAGAUAUUCCUUGUCAGCCUCACUGUUCAUCCCAUUCCCAAUCUUACCACUCAGCCUCUUCAUUUCAUCUGCAACUCUUGGGUUGACACAUUCAACAACACGCAUCUCACUCGUCUCUUCUUCGUCAACAAGUCAUACCUGCCGAGUCAAACACCAGGACUAUUGAGUUUUUUCCGAAAAGUAGAGCUGAAACUUUUAAGAGGAGAUAUAGAUGAAAUUCCAGUUGAUGAAGUUCGACGGGAAUGGGAUAGAAUCUAUGAUUAUGCUACAUACAAUGACUUGGGUGAUGUUGAUGCAAGUCCAGAUCUUGCUCGUCCAACUCUUGGAGGAUCCACUCAAUAUCCCUAUCCCCGCAGGCUAAGGACUGGAAGGGCCCCAUCAAAAAAUGCCGUCCCCGACGACUCCCCCCCGUCCCUCGCCUCACUCGCUCAGGCGCUCGGCGGCGUCGGCGCUCCAUCACUCAGUCACUCCCUCCUCUCACCUCUCGGCUCUCAGUCUCUCAGUCACUCCCCAAGGACCCCAACACUCAGACUCAGUCACGGACUCACGGUCUCAGUCUUCACUCUCAGAGUCUCAGUGCGACGCUCGCUGACUGUGCCUAACUCUCACUCCCUCAGUCCCUCCGACGGUCCGAACAUCACCGCUCACGGAGUCAGGGCCUCACGCUUAGGCUCUCACAGUCACGGCUCACCCUCACCUCACGGCACAGUCACCGGUCACGCAGAGGCAGAGUCCGAGAGACCGAGACAGCAGGCUCUCAUCUCACACAGACACCCCUCUGACCCUCUCUCAAGUCAGAGGCAGAGACAGAGAUCGCGUUCGCGUCGCUUGAGUCCGUCUCCCUUCUUCAUCGUCGUCGAGCUCCAGUCCGGGUUCUUCGAGCUCCAUUGCUCCAAGUCUCCCUCUUGCUCCGUCGUAUACGUUGUUAAACCAAAAUGGGUGAUGAGGCAUAAAAGAAAGUAUGUUGACAAUGCUGCUGAAAGUAAUACUAUUCAAGAUGAAUCUGCUCCACCCGUGUCUUCUAUGCCUGAAUCAAAUAAAAGGGCUAAAAAAACAACAUCUGAGGUUUGGAAGUUUUUUACUAAAAGUAUUAUAGAUGGCAAAGAAAAGGCUACAUGUAAUGGGUGUGGAAAAGUGUAUUUAGUUGGUGGUAAGGAUUAUGGGACUUCAACUCUCCGGCGUCAUGUUAAUGUAUGUGUGUCUCUUCCAAAAUAUAAGAACAUUGGUGCCAUGAUGAUAGAUCAAGCAGGGAAUGUGAGGGCUAGACAAAUUGAUCAUAACAAGGUCCGGGAUAAGAUUGCUUUUGCUAUUAUUAAACAUGAUCUUCCAUAUUCCUUUGUUGAGUAUGAUGCAAUUAGGGAUUUACUUUCAUAUUUAAAUCCUGAUUACAAGAACAUUACUAGAAAAACUGCUGUGGUGGAUGUUUGGAAUUUCUAUCUUAGUCAAAAAGAGAUCCUAAAGAAAACAUUAGCAAACAGUCUUUGUAGAGUGUGUUUGACUUCUGAUUGUUGGACUUCUAUAACUGGUGAAGGAUAUCUUUGUUUGACUGCUCAUUUUGUUGAUGAUAAAUGGAAGCUUAAUAGCAAAAUCCUUGCAUUCUCUAAGAUGGAUCCUCCUCACUCUGGGAUUGAAUUGGCUAAAAGGACACAUGAUAUAUUGAGGGAUUGGGGGAUUGAUAAAAAGGUAUUUUCUAUUACUUUGGAUAAUGCUUCAGCAAAUGAUAAUAUGCAAAAUUUGCUGAAAGAACAAUUGAAUCUGACCAAUAGCUUGAUCUGCAAUGGAGAGUUUUUCCAUGUGAGAUGUUGUGCCCAUAUCUUGAAUCUCAUAGUGCAGGAGGGCUUGAAAGUAACAAGUGAUGCUAUGCAUAAAAUUAGGGAGAGCAUUAGAUAUGUAAAGCAAUCACAGGCAAGGUUCAUUAAUUUCAAGAAAUGUUGUGACAAUGUUGGGGGUAUUGAAACUUCAAUGGGUUUGAGGCUAGAUAUAUUUACAAUUGAGUUAAUGUUAAAAUCACAUUUGGAUGAUGAAGAUCCAGUGAUUCGGGAUAUGGCUGUGAGAAUGGUUGAGAAGUUUGACAAAUAUUGGAGUGAUUAUAGUGUAAUUCUUUCUCUAGCGAUUGUUCUUGACCCAAGAAUGAAGUUUGAUGUCAUAAAGUUUUCUUACUCAAAUCUUGAUCCCAUCAAUUAUAAUGAUAAGGUUGAAAACAUUAGGAGCAAGUUAUACUAUGUUUUCAAUUAUUAUAGAAAUAUGGGAUCAUCAACUUCAUCUUCGGUCCCUUUUGUUGGAGAAUCAAGUUCAACUUCUAAUCUCAAUGUGAGAACUGAGAUGGCAGCACCACCUUCUGACUCUACCUCUCAUGAUAGUGAUGAUGAAGGCACCACCUACUUGAAAGCUUUUAGGAAAUAUCUUACAUGUAAGAGCAAAGAUGCCACAUCAAUUGAAAAGUCUGAGUUAGACUAUUAUUUGGAAGAAGUGCCCCUUGAUCCUAAUUUGUUUGUGAAAUUUAAUGUUUUGGAAUAUUGGAAGACUAAUGCAGCUAGGUUUCCAUGCCUUUCAAAGAUGGCAUGUGAUAUUCUUAGUAUUCCAAUUACUACAGUUGCCAGCGAAUCAGCUUUUAGCAUUGGUUCAAGGGUUCUCACAAAAUAUCGAAGUUCUCUUCUUCCAGAAAAUGUUCAAGCUCUUAUUUGCACUCGGAAUUGGAUUCUUGGUUUUCCUAGUGAUACAUCCGAGUCCGACACCAAGAAGAAGGACAUUGUUGAUGUUGAUCUUUUGGAUGCUUCAGAUAUUGCUUCUAAUGUUAUGUUUCUAGUUUAUGUGUUGGAUUUGCUGAUCAAAUCUAGAUUCAACCCGCACCGUUUAGCCCGCGGGUUGUGGCGGGCUGGCCCGCAACCCGCGGGCCAGCCCGUUUUCCCAGCUCUACCCAGCACUGAGAGCAGACUCCCUCCAGAACAAGCCUUUUCGAUCUAUGUUCCGAGAGAUGAUCGAUUUGGAGACCAGAAGCUGUUUGAGUUUGUGCAAAAUUUUCCCAAAUCAUCCAUGAACCUUAUGAAACCAUAUGUAUCAGCGGAAUUGGAGAAAUCAGGAAAAGAAUUUGAAAGCUUUGAACAGGUACUUAAAGUACUGUACAAAGAUGGUUUUACAUUUAAUGUGCCCAUAGAGGUACUUGAAGCCAUUGCUCAGAGGCUACCAAUACCAACGCCCCCAGAAAACGGCGAUCUGCAGUUAUUGUUUCCAGUUCCUGGUGUCAUUCAAGGUAAUCUAGAUGGAUGGAUGACGGAUGAAGAAUUUGCACGAGAGAUGCUUGCCGGUGUGAAUCCCGUUUUAAUCUGCCUCCUUCAAGAGUUCCCCAUAAAAAGCAUGCUAGAUAUUAAACUCUACGGUGAUCAUACAUCCAGCAUAACAAGAGAACACCUGGAGAAGAACAUGAAAGGGCUCACAGUUCAAGAGGCACUGAAUUCCAAGAGAUUAUUCAUAUUAAAUCACUACGACGCAUUCAUGCCAUACUUGAGGAAGAUCAAUGAAACUUCCAGAAAGGCUUAUGCAAGUAGGACAAUCCUGUUCCUCCAAAAUGAUGGGACUUUGAAGCCACUUGUAAUUGAGCUUAGUUUACCUCAUCCUGAUGGAGAUCAGUUUGGUGCUAUCAGCAAAGUGUAUCUGCCUGAAACGGAAGGUGUUGUGGGUACCAUUUGGCAAUUGGCUAAAGCAUAUGUAGUUGUGAAUGACACAGGCUAUCAUCAACUAGUCAGUCACUGGCUGAAUACUCAUGCUGUGAUGGAGCCGUUUGUUAUUGCAACAUAUAGGCAACUCAGUCAACUGCACCCUAUGUUUAAACUUCUUCAUCCUCAUUAUCAUGACACCUUGUUUAUCAAUGCACUUGCUCGCCAAAACUUAAUCUCUGCAGAUGGAAUUAUAGAGAACUCAUUCUUGCCUGGAAAAUAUUCAAUGGAGAUGUCAUCUGUGGUUUACAAGAGUUGGAAUUUUCUUGACCAAGCCUUACCUGCUGAUCUCAUCAAGAGAGGAAUGGCAGUGGAGGAUCCAACUGCUCCGCAUGGGCUUCGCCUUCUGAUAGAGGACUACCCUUAUGCUGUAGAUGGGCUCCUGAUAUGGGAUGCUAUAAAGACUUGGGUUCAUGACUAUGUCUCUUAUUACUACGAGUCAGAUGAGAUCAUUAAGCAGGAUCCUGAGCUACAAUCAUGGUGGAAAGAACUUGUAGAAGUAGGUCACGGUGACCUUAAAGACAAGGACUGGUGGCCAAAGAUGCUGACUCGUCAAGAGCUAAUCCACUGUUGCACUAUUAUCAUAUGGAUAGCUUCAGCUCUGCAUGCAGCUGUGAAUUUUGGACAGUACCCUUAUGGAGGUUAUAUCUUAAACCGUCCUACUCUCAGCAGAAGGUUGAUGCCUGAGAAGGGAACUCAAGAAUAUGCCGAGAUGGUGGAGAAUCCAGAGCUAGCUUUCUUAAAAACAAUCACACCAAAGUUUGAGACUCUUCUUGAUCUGUCAAUUAUAGAGAUACUGUCAAGCCAUACCACUGAUGAGGUUUAUCUUGGAACCAAUAGUAUCCCUUACUGGACAUCUGAUGCUAAAGUGUUGGAGGCUUUUAAGAAAUUUGGAGACAGGCUGAAAGAGAUUGAGAAAGUAUUGAUAAGGAGGAACGAAGAUGGGACACUGGGAAAUAGAGUUGGGCCAGUGAUGAUGCCCUACACCCUGCUCUAUCCUAGCAGUGAACCCGGACUCACCGGAAGAGGAAUUCCAAACAGUAUCUCUAUAUGAAGAAGUCGCUUGGGCAUCCUUUAAGUAUGUAAGGAACUAGGGGUUCUAUUUGGAUUAUCGUUGUUUGUUAAUGUGUCUCGUUUGGCAAAAUUAAAAGGGGUCGUAUGUGUGUGUGUAUUUGGCUCUUGUAAUGUGGGCAGGUCAUUGUAUUGGCCUUUGUACUGUGUUCCAUUUGGGUCUCGUUUUGAAAGCAUAAAUAAUACUACCUUUUCCUUUGAGAAA